AUGGUCUUGCCAGAUAUGUGCGAGGCCGGAGACCGUGACGAUGACCAUGACAUUCCAGCGGGUCCUAAUGUGCCUAGCCUCUACCAGUUAAACGUUCACAUACGAGACUCCAACUUGGCCAGACCAGAGAACGCCAACGCUGGGAUAAUCCAAGAAGGUCUUCAUGAACAGGAAUCCCAAGAGCAGGAGGAGGAGGUUCAACCUCUCUCUCAGCCCCCCGAAGAGCAGCAAAAUAAUGAAGAACCAGUGCUAUACAAUGACCAAGAACCAGUGCCACACAAUGACCAAGAACCAGAGCCACAGAAUGACCAAGAAACUAUCAAUUCUGGACGCUAUCUGCACAUACUUAAUGAUCAAACUAAUACCCCAGUAACAGCCAGUAGUGACGGUGAACCAUUUGUGGUCAACAUUAUUCCACGAAAGUAUGAGUCACAACGAGCCAGUGGAAGAGACAGUGAUAGCAAAGCUGCCCAGGGCCCAGGCCCAAACAGAGAUCAGGUUGGCUCUUCAGAAAUGUCACAACUCAAUGGUACACAAAGUAGAAACUCAAACGAAUCCCCCAGAAAUUAGUGAACAUUCCUAAUGGAGUCAGGCUACGGACAAGAUGAAUGAAAUUUAUAUCCACACUAGUCUGCCCUUGGAAUACUGUUCAUGCAUGGAACAGAGAGAAUGAGCAAUCCAGUGAAGCUGCUC